AUGACAUUGAUCUCCAAUUCCCACGAAUCCUCGAUCCACGACGCGGCGUUGGAUUACUACGGCAAGCGUUUGGCCACCUGCUCGUCCGAUCAAACCAUCAAGAUCUUUGAAAUUGAAGGUGAGACUCAUAAAUUGGUGGAUACUUUAAAACAACAUGACGGGGCGGUUUGGCAAGUCAGCUGGGCGCACCCAAAGUUUGGGGUCAUCUUGGCGUCGGCUUCAUUUGAUGGGAAAGUGAUUAUCUGGAGAGAAGAAAACGGGAAAUGGAAAUCACUUUUGGAACACACCGUCCAUAAAGCGUCGGUCAAUAGUGUUGAAUGGGCGCCUCAUGAAUACGGGGCCGUAUUGCUUUGUGCUUCUUCUGAUGGACAAGUGUCAAUAUUCGAAGUGAAAGAAAACGGUACCACUCACAACGUUGUGUUCCCAGCUCAUGAAGCAGGGGUGAAUUCGGCAUCUUGGGCCCCAGUGAGCACCAACAAAACCGGCACCACCAUCACAAGUCCAACCGAACCAUCUGAACCAUUGAAGAGAUUUGUCACCGGUGGGUGCGAUAACUUGGUUAAGGUCUGGAACUGGGACUCUGUUAAUAACAAGGCCACUUUGGAAAGCACUUUGGAAGGCCAUGCCGAUUGGGUCAGAGACGUUGCCUGGUCAUCAUCGGUGUUAUUCAAAUCUUAUAUUGCUUCUUCAUCAUUAGACAAAAGCGUGAUCAUCUGGACACAAGAAAACAACAAGGGUCCUUGGAAAAAGCAAUAUUUGACCAAAGAUAAGUUUGCCGAAGCCACUUGGAAGGUCAGUUGGUCAUUGUCUGGUAACAUUUUGGCGGUAUCAAGUGCUGAUAAUAAGAUUACUCUUUGGAAAGAAAAUUUGUCUGGAGAAUGGGAGUCUGCCGGUGAAGUUGAUCAAUAG